CCAUUAUCCCAUGGAUCCCUCUAGUUCCCCUUCACAGCCUACCUUGGACGCUGCUGACAAUGAGCCCAAGAAAUCCAUGGCAGCUCCAGCGGCCGCGGAUCAACCUACAACAACCGACUCCAAGGAACCCGCGGACGCUCCUCCGUCAACGCCUUCACCUGCUGAAUCAGACGCGACCACCGAAAAACCUGUGGCAUCUGAAAAGCCCACCGAAAAUGAGCCACCUAAAGAAUCCAAGGAACCCACAGAACCCGCGGAACCGUCAAAGCAAGAUCCUCCCAAGCCAACCCCAACGACAUCCGCUGCGGCUACCACUCCAGCUGUGACCAGUAAACCAUCAUCCCAGGUAGACUCAAAGCCUACAGCACCUACGGCAACGUCCGCUCCUCCCGUGGCCCCAAAACCCCACACGUCUACACCAUCAGCAGUCAAUUCAGUGCCAUCCGAUGUUCCUAUCCUUUCUUCGUCGACUAUUGAAUCCUUGGCUUCGUCUCCAGCUGCGACAUCGAUAGGGUCAUCCAUUACUUCUUCAUCACCCGCUUCCCCUUCUGCUGUGGCUUCCAAUGCGGAUGCGGACAGCUCUGGCAGCAUGAGCAAAAGCGCCCUGAUCGGCGGGAUUGUGGGUGGUAUUAUUGGUUUGAUAGCUCUAGCCGCGCUUACCCGUUUCUUGAUCCGUCGCAAACGAAGAGCGAGAGCAACGCGUACCAGUCGUGCCAUGGAUGAAAUCUUUACUCCUGGUAACGGAAACCACGUGUUUGAAACCCAAGAAGCCAACACAUACAAUGAUGGAGCAGGAAAUGGAUAUAAUAUGCACGACCCUUACCAUGCAUCUGAUUAUGAAGCGCAGCAUAAUAUAGCAUCACCUCAAAGAGCCUAUGAUCCGAAUCACGAUCUAGCGUAUGCGCAGGGAGCUUAUACACCUCAGGCGGCCUAUCAAACCCUGUCUCCUUCACAGCCCUAUCAUCCCCAAUUGAGUGAUGAAGCUUUCCAGAGCGUGACUUCACCCGUGGUAAAUUAUAACACGGUAGGUGCUGGUGGGCACGGUAUGCCAGCGGAGGGGAUGCUUCCUCUCGCUAGUCACCAGUCAUCAUCGGAUCACGGCUAUGCGGCAAGACAAGACGUCGGUGACCACACGCCUCACACACAACAUGCGCAACCACCUUAUCACGGAGAAUACCAGAAUUAUCAGUACGCUUACGAUCCACACGCUGAAGGGUACACUCAAGGUUACUAUCCGGAGCAAUAUGCAGCGCAGUAUGGUCAGCCUUAUGCUGCAGGUUACGGCGAUGUGUAUCAACAGCACGACUAUUCUCCCCAUCCUGUACCAGCACAAAGGAUGCAGUCGCCUCAAAUGAUGAGCUCCGCACCCCCGCCUGCACCACCGCAACAUACGAUGAUGAUGAACUCACCACACGAUGGCACAUAUGCCAACGAAAGGAGUCACUAAUGCAUAGUGAAAAAAAUGAUUCAUUGACAUCGGAACCAAAUUUUUCUCUUCUGAGAGCAGCGUUCCCACACAGGAUACUCUACAAUUUUACACGAAAUACUUUGCAAUUUACACGGUCAUUCGAAUGUAUCAGUGUUAUCAACUGUCUGCACGGUUUAUGGCAGGUCCAUGUGCAAAAAUCGAAUUCACGGAUGAUUCACACAACUGAUGCAAGCAUCAUGAUAGUUACGAUAUAAUAUUCUUAUAUGACCCCAUUUGAUCCUUUUUUCAUUAUCUGGUGUAAUCGAGUAUAGAUAAAUUUAUUCAAAAAAAAAAACAACAACAAAUAACUGUUUUUGGUCACAUUA